AGGGAGUCGAGCUCGAAAGAGGGAAGUGAGAUUAGUUAACGUUAUUUAACUGCAAUGGUACGUGAAAAUAACCAGUUCAUUUAUUAACUUGGUUGCAGUUAAAACUUGGUGGUUUUCAAAAAUAUUACGACUGGCUCUUCAACGUAGAGAGCUCAUCCAUUUUAGCAAGGAAAACCAUUUUGUGUCAUAAUUAAUAUUUCGAUUUAAUUUAGAAAUCAGAAAUUACUCUGAACAUUUUAAAAUAAGAAAUCAACUAGAGAACAGCGAUUUACCUUCAGUUAACAACAAUGAAAUUAAUGACUUCGGUAUUAUUAGCGGUUAGUGUGAACGCUGUUUCGGACAAAAACACUUUGCACACAAUGUUAUUCGAAAAUUACACGAAAACGCUGUUGCCUUUUCCUGAUGAUGAAGCCAUAGUGAAAAUAAAUGUAUCUCUUAUUCUUGUGAAAAUCAUUGAAUUAGACUUUCACAAAGGUUUACUUGCAAGCAAAAUUGUGCUUGGUUUAUCGUGGAAGGAUAACAACUUGCUGUGGAAUAACAAAUUGAAUAAUAUAAGUUAUAUAAACGUAAAUACAGAGGAUAUAUGGUACCCACAUGUUUACAUAUGUAACGAUAUGUCAGGUAAUUUCGCUGUUCAUAAAGGAGGAGCCACUAUAGAAUAUGAUGGAACAGUUACCUUUCAUAUGGACGGUAUUUUCCAAACUUACUGCACAAUUGAUAUGCACAAAUAUCCUUUCGAUGAGCACGAAUGUUAUAUAAAAUCUUGUUUACGCCAUCAAAAGUAUAAAGAACAAACUAUACAAAACUUUUCCUUUUACAAUAUGUAUAACUCGUCGUCAGAUACCUGGGAUUAUAAGUUUGUUGUAGGAGACGUCAUGGAAAAUGGAAUUAUAUCGGCUAAGGUUACUAUUUAUGCAAAUAGAAAAUCGAUGAGUGAAACAUUCUCCCAUUUUAUAUUCCCAGCAUUGCUGACAAUACUGAACUUGGGUGUGUAUAUAUUGCCUGCUGAGUCGGGAGAAAAGGUUUCAGUUGCAAUCACUAUUUUCCUUGCCAAUGUCGUUUAUCUAACAGAAUCGGCCAAGUCGUUGGGUUCUAAAUCUCGUGGAGUCUCAAGAUAUCUAUUAUAUCUCCUAAUUCUGACACUUAUCAGCGGCUUUUCUACCUUUGUCUCCAUAAUCGUGUGUAAAUUUUAUGUCAACGAGACCAAUGUGCACAAAGCUUCAGUCCCAGAAAAAGCAUGUGGAUCGAAAAAUAAAAUCGGAAUUAUGGACAAGUCUGUUCAAGACAAUGUAAACGUAGAAGAUACAAGUCGCUCGAAGAAGCGUUUAUAUACAUAUCGGAAGCUUGACAUGAUAUUUCUGUUCGUGACUCUUAUAUUUUUGUUAAGCUACAUAGUUUUCGCUGUAGUAUAUACGGAAUAACUAUAAACAUAGACAGCUCAUAGGGAAGGAAAAAAAGGAAAGAGCAGACGAUCAGGAGAGAUGAACAUCCGUUGAUCCCUACAAUUGUUUUUCUGUCACCGUGUUUUAUUUUCCCACUUAAUCCUUUCUGUCGAAUAAUGUAGUGUCGAAACAUCCUAGACUUUUCCAUUCUUCCGGAGCGUUAAACUAAUACAUCUUACUUUUGUUCCUUUAGCUGCCUUCGUCUUUUGUUUUCGGUAAAUAUAAACUAUAUAUAUAUGUUCUCAACCACAAAUACUUAACUUACAAAAGACGAGUAUCUGCUGGUAGACAGCGAGGUGUGUAUAUCUUAGGAGUAUGUGGUUGACAAUGUGCAUUAUACUACCACUGCUUCUCUUACGUAUUUGAAUAUAAUUAUAGAUAUGUUCUACUUGAAACAAUUCUGUCAACAAUAAAUUCUAACCAAGCAACAGUCAACAUUAAGAAAGACUUAAUCUGAACUGAAGAGAUAUCUUAUUUGCUUAAUAUUCUCCAAAGCAUUUCUUCAUUACCAGAAAAUUAAAUCUAUGUUCACAGGAGAGGAUAUCAACAUCAACAACAUAGAAACUAUGGAAAGCAUAACAUAGGAUGAUGAACUUUUUACUAGAUUGUGUUCUUGACAUCUGCGGUGUAUCAACGUACGUGUUUAACAACCUUACUGUUUCUACCUAUAUAUAUGCAUACGUUACAUUCUUUAUCACACCUCAGAACACGCACAUACAGGACGCAUACAUCUACAUGAACACCCACACAACUAUAUGCACAAUAUAACACAUCCAUAGAAUCCAUACCCACUUUUAGCCAUAUAUAUAUAAAACGACAUGGACCCUCACAGUGUACAAUAUCUUGCCUACACUCAUACGCACAGUUUGAUUAUACGUACAGUGAUAUCUAGGUCUUGCUUGUUGCGUCCAUAACAUACGCAUAAAUGCCUUUAUCCGAUCAAACAUUCCCAAGGCCAGCACACGCAUUUUCAGACAUGCAUUCAAAAAACGCGUUCUACUCACAGAUAUGCGUAUAUGAAGCGACAAAGAAACAGCUUCAAUAUAACAUCAACAAAGAAACAGCCUCACGAUAACAAAGAAAAACACUUUUGCAGCAAAUGAAUAAACUUAGAUCCUCUCCCCACUAUACUCCCUCCCACACAAAACAUAAAUACAUCAGCACACUUCUUCGAAAUAAAAACAACAUGCGUGCUAGCAAACAAAUGCAGGUACAUUUCCACACGUUUGUUCACAUAUAUAUACACUUCGAAAUAUACAUACAUUGGAGGUUCGCACGCUAUACACUGACCUUCAAAGAACCAUAUAUGUAUGCAAGCAUACAGCUGCCUCCAGUGUUACAAACGGAUCUCGCAUCAAUACAUCCAUGCAUACAUUUGUAAUUACUUGCCCACCACAAACAUGAUAUAUAUUAUACCGGUAACCACUGACGUAGCUAAACAGAAACGCUCACAUGCACAUAGUCCAUCCCCUUAUAUUAGUUCAUUUAUAUUUAGUUGAUAUAUUAGAUUCUAAUACUAAAUAUAUAUACAUACACAAGAAAAACUACAAAAUUUAAUAGCACAUGCACUUACAUGAGAGCGCACACGAUAUUUACACACAGUUAGAAUAUUUGUUAGCGUGUGAAUACACAAUGAUAGAAACCUUAAUAUUACACGAGCACACAACUAUGUGUUCACAUAUACGCAUCUAUCAAUUAUAAAUUAUUGCACUCUGUUUAUUUUGUACGCAUGAAAACUCAUUCCUGCUUUUUCGGAUAUGGUCAAUCGACCGCCAAAAUUGUCAUCGUUAUGAUUCAUAUACUAAUACACUUUUAUGCCACUAGAAACUUUCUGGCGUAUCGUAUACUUUAUAGUCUUCUUAUUGUUUUUUUUUGUGUAUCUAUGACCUUAAGUGCACUUUAUUUUCAAAUCCCAUUCUUUGU